UUCUCAUACACUGAUUAUGGUAAAUAAGCUCUGGAAUAUGUUGUUUUUCUUCUCUGAUGUGCUUCAUGUAUAUAACUAACUUGUUUUCUUUUUACUUUGUUUGUAUAGCAUAUAUGAUAUAAGAAUAAAUACCAUGUAGUAUUUAUGACUUAUUCAGGCUAAUGUUUGAGCAAAAAAAUAAUACAGUGAAGAUUGUUAUUGCUUUCCUCAGCAAAACAUUUCGACAGUCAAUAGAUUUUAAUACAUUUUUUGUUAAUUUUUAGCAGAAAAAAAUGCUACAAUUUGUAAGAUAUUUCAAACCUAGUUGGCGUAUGUUAUUCUCACCACGUGUUCAUGUUAGUAAUCCCAAGAAUGCUUUCUCUACAGAAUCUACAUGUAUGAGAUUGGUGCCGCUUUCACACCGGUCAGUUGUUCAAGUUCAGGGAAGGGACAGUUUAAAAUUAUUACAAGGUUUGUUGACGAAUGACAUGACUUUGCUAUCUAAAACCAACGUUAUUUAUUCUAUGGUUUUAAAUGUUCAAGGGCGAGUAGAAUGUGACGUUUUGAUAUACAAUGGAGAGGAAAAUGAGUACCUAGUGGAAUGUGACACGGAAGCUGUGGAGAAAAUUACACAACUGUUAAGAAGGUAUAAGUUAAGAUCAAAAGUCAAAUUUGAACUGUUACAAGACGUGAAGACUUAUUGUUUGUUUUCUGAACCUGAAAGAAUAAAUAAAAUCAGCAUUGGAAAUCUGUACAAGGACCCCCGUCUGCCCGAUCUUGGACACAGGAUAUUAACAAGAACAAACACAGAUGACUUACUGAAGAAUUUAAAAACGCAUGCAGAUGUUAAUGUGGAACCAAUAGUUAGCUAUGUUGAAACGAGGUAUAAACUUGGAAUAUCUGAAGGUGUAGCUGAAGUUGACAAUGCAAUACCAUUAGAGCAUAACAUUGUAUUUUUAAAUGGUGUGAGUUUUAACAAAGGUUGUUACAUUGGUCAAGAAUUGGUUGCUCGUGCACAUCACACAGGGGUUAUACGGAAACGAAUAAUGCCUUUGAGAUUUCUCACUAACAGUGUCAUGGCAACACCUGGUUGUCACAUACUAAAUCAGAAAGAAAAACGAAUAGGGAAAGUAAUAGGACGUAAUGGUGAAUAUGGAAUUGGUUUAAUGAGACUAAAAGAAGCGUUUAAUGAAAAAACAGAGUUUCAUAUACAAGCACAUGAUAAAAUACGUGUUGAUGUAAAAAAACCAAAAUGGUGGCCAGAUGAUCUUAAGUAUUAAUUCUUAUUGUGUGUAUACCUUUAAAUUUUUUAGAAAGAACAUCUUUGGUUAUUUUCUAAUUUUUCGUGAUUCUUAAGUUGUCAUGGAAACAUGACACGAAAUAGAAAUAUUUGGAAAAUAGGUUUAUCUCCUCUUCAGUGUACGUUGCUGGCAUAUUGCCAGAGAAGUCUGUGAAACACAGUUAAUUCACAACAAAAAAAUUAUCAACCUUAAGUUAGUUAUAAAUACAAUUUUUUAUUUAUUUGGCCUCAACUUAUGCUUAGCCCUAUUUUUAUCUCGUAC